AUGUACAGCGAUGACCAGUCGAGCGGGGACGAUCAAGACAGCAAGCGCCGCCGGACGAGGACCAACUUCUCCAGCUGGCAACUGGAGGAGCUGGAGAGGGCCUUCGAGAGCUCCCACUAUCCGGACGUGUUCAUGAGGGAGGCCUUGUCCAUGCGGCUUAACUUGCCGGAGUCCAGAGUCCAGCUCGUCAUCGAAGCACGCAAGCACGAAGUCACGGAGCGACUGCAAUCCUGA